CGUUUCUAGAGACGCUUCAUACGUUCAUACCACGAGAAGAGAUUGCGCAGCAGUUCACAAAGCAAACAUCGGCGCGGAUAGACUUACCACAACCGACACAGCAGUAUAUCACAGGUGAAUUAGUGUACUACAGUGACGUCCACCUACUGACCUUAGCUGAUGGCGGUGAACGUUCACUCAACAUCAACUGUUGAGAACCUGAGCAGACAUGAAAUCCUCUCCUGGGUCAACGACUCUCUCCAGCUCACCUACACCAAGAUAGAGCAGCUCGGUACAGGUGUGGCGUAUUGUCAAUUUAUGGAUAUGUUGUUUCCUGGCUGUAUUCUGCUGAAGAAGGUCAAGUUUCAAGCAAAACUGGAGCAUGAAUACAUCGGCAACUUCAAAGUCCUGCAGGCGGCGUUCAAACGAAUGAAGGUUGACAAGAUCAUUCCUGUAGAGAGGCUGGUCAAGGGAAGGUUUCAGGACAACUUGGAGUUUGUUCAGUGGUUUAAGAAAUUCUUCCAUGCAAACUACGAUGGGAAGGAGUAUGACCCUCAGUUAGCACGUCUGGGUCAAGACGUCACGCCUCCUCCCAAUCCAGGUGAAGUCACUUUCCACAAACCCAAGAGCCCCUGCGGAACAGGGCCCCAGCGGACGUCACCGACAGGACCCAAAAGCAUGCCCGCCACCCAGCGUACCAUCAACUCCACUCCCUCAACCGGCAUGAGACGAAUCUCACCGUUGUCACGUAACGGAGGCAGUGAUGCAGAGAUGGUGGAACUCAACCAGCAGCUGAUGGACCUGAAGUUGACGGUGGACGGUUUGGAGAAAGAACGAGAUUUCUACUUUAGCAAACUAAGAGACAUCGAGCUGAUCUGUCAGGAACAUGAGAGCGAGAGUUACCCCGUACUCACCAAAAUCAUUGAUGUCCUCUACACCACAGAGGAUGGUUUUGCACCUCCAGAAGACGAUAAUAUUGAUGAACCACCACAUGACCAAGAUGAAUAUUGAUUUACUCACCUGACUCUGUCUUUCACUUUCUCCUUUUCACUCGUCCCCCCUCGACCACACCAUCUUCAUCUUUAUCUUCCUCUGUUCUUCAUCUUCAACCAGCAGACACUAGGGGUGUGGUGUAACAUGCUAACAGACUGAUUGUGGGUGUGUUUAGGCAUACUCGGGGCUUGAUUUUUUUUGGAGUGACACUACAGUCGUGUGCUGAAGCUGAUGUUUUAUUAGCUGUAGAUUGGGGUGAAGGGUCCAGAAUAAAUUGCACUGAACCACAGUGAUGGAGAAACAUUGUGGACAGCAGCUGUCCUGCAUCAAAAUCAUUCGAACACAUUGAAGAUGACAGGUGCUUGUAUGUAAUUUAAACUCUAUAGGACAGAGGUCAUCUAGCAGCAGGACUAAAUCGCUUAAAAUUAUUGUAUAAACACACACACACACACACACACACACACACACACACACACACACACACACACACACUUCUGUUGUAGUGUUUAUGUAGCCAACACUCCCAAGUUUACUGACUGGCGACAUAAUUUGGGCUCAGAUCAGAUAACUUGGCUGAAAGCUUGAUGCAAAACUCUCCUGAAAAAGUUUUCCAAGUAUUUAUUUAAUACAGGUUCCUGGUCUUAUUGUAUUUUAUUAGUACAUGAUGUUCCAAAGAAAACUGUUUGAUGACUGUAAUCUUUCACCAAAAUGUGGUUAUCUGUUUUAUCUCUUACACCUCUUUGUUCUUUUUGGGUUAACAUUGUUAAUGUUAACAAACUAUUUAACAUUGUUCUGAUGUUUUUUAUAAAAAACCACCAGUAUUUUAUAAUAUUCCCACUAGUUAACAGAGUCAUUAAAUAUGCCAGUAAGCUUUGCAUGGUUAUUAUGCAAACACCACUUGAUUUGAUAAAGAAGUUUUACUUUUGAGACCUUCAGUCUCUUUAGAUCUCAGCGCUGAUGGUAUAAAUCUCCCACAAUGCAUUGCAAUGUCACAUUCAGCGUUGACUGUAUUCUGAUAUGACACACCCACUCGCCACCAUCCAAUAAAUUCAAAAUGACUAAAAAGUCCUAAUCAUUUUUCCCUUAUUGAGUAUUUUGAUGAAAGAUUACAAAAGGUUUUUGGAAAAUGCACUGGUACUGAGCAUAAUGAGACCAACAACAAGUAUGAAGUAAAAUUGGGUCAAUUUUAUUAUUUUAUCAAAGUUUAUUUUAAAAGUUACCAUGUGUGCGCAUAGAUGUGUUUCUCUAUCAUUGCAAUGCAAAAUAAGUUGGUUAAACCUAAAAGAUUAAGUAACCUGGUUGCCUUAAAAGUUAAUUCAACUUACAAAUAUUAGUUGACACAAUUUUUUACACUAAUAAGAGAGUUAACUAACUCAACAUUUUAAGGCAACCAGUUAACUUACUUUUUUAAGUUGAAGCAAAAAAAACUUUUUUACAGUGUGAUAAAUCAUUUUCAAAAGUGCUGGUGUGCUGUAUGUUUUUAUUUAUUUAUGAAAGAGAUGAAAACAACUAACAUUGAGUAAAAGAUGUUAGAAAUAUCACAAAAAAGAGACUGUGCCUUUUCCCGCUGCUAUAUUUUAAUUAAACAUUUCAUGUUUUUAUGGUUUGGUUUUGUUGCACAGGAUGAAAUGUUACACAGGUUGGUUUUGCAGCACCUGUGUCAUUUACACUUUCAUCCCUCAUCUGUUGUCACGGCAACCACACAAUCAUGCAUCCAAAUGGAGUUUCACUACGUAAAAUAAAUAUGUGUGCGGGGAAUGAA